AUGUCUGGAGUAACCAACUUGAAUCCGCUACAAUCACUGUCCAAUCUACUGGGAAAGCAAUGGUACAGAGUCAAGGCUGCACUGUGUAUUAUGUUGAUAAUGGCAGCAAUGCCACUCUGUUUCAUCUUCACCACUUGUGUCUGGUUGCUUGGUAGAAAGUCUGAAAAGCAUGAUCAUCUUGAAGCAUCUCUUAGACGAACUGUCUUAGUGUCAGGAUUAGCCCACACAAAGGGUUUACAUAUUUCCAAAACACUGGGAAAGGCUGGUCAUCGCGUCAUUUUGGCUGACUUAGAAGAAUUUGGUUGUUCUGCUGCACAAUGGUCUUGCUUCAUUUCAAAGUUCUACACGGUCCCAGAUUUUAAUUCCCUAGAUGACAGUGACGCUUACAUCAAAGGAGUGAUUAAUGUUGCAAAGACAGAGAAGAUUGAUUGGUACAUCCCAGUGAGCCAUACAAAAGCAGCUUUGCCUGACUCAAUAAUCAAACAGCGUCUUGCUGAGGUGAAUCCGCAAAUCACAUGUCUGACUCUCGACGAUCCGCAAUUGACAGCCAUUCUUAAUGAUAAACCUCUUUUUCUAGAAGAAUGCAACAAGCUAAACCUGAAGGUACCUUAUUUUAAAAAAGUACAUAGCUUGGCAGAGGUCCGUGAAGUGGCAAAGAAAGAGCUGCUCUUGAACUCUAAAUCACAUUACUUCUUGAAACCUCUGAUGCCAUACUCUGAAGACAGAUUGAACUUCACUCCUAUACCGAGCGACUCUACUGAAUUUGAGAAGUUCUUAGCUCACUAUGAAUCUAAGCUUAAUUGUGACAAUCCACAUCUCGUUAACCAGUUUAUAAAAGGAAAAGAAUUUGCUGCCAAUGCCAUUGUUUCCAAAGGAAGUCUUCAAGCUUUUCAAGUCUGUCCUUGUUCACCAGUUCAAAUUGACUAUGAUGUUACCAAACACCCUGAGAUAAAGAAAUGGGUGGAAGAGUUUUGUAAAACCAAGAAAAUCACUGGUUGUAUUUGCUUCGACUUCCUUGAAGAAGAUGACUCUGGCGAAAUUUAUUGCAUAGAGUGUAAUCCACGUCUUCACUCAUGUGUGGUUUCUUACCAGAUGAAGCCAAAUCUAGAAGCAGCCAUACGUGGAGCCAUGGAAGAUCAAUUCCAGUUACCAACGCCAUCAGAGCCAUCAGCUUCGUCAAAACACGUCUAUUGGUUGUACAAUGAAAUUGCCAAACUUGGUCUUUUUCAGCAGGGAAUAGGAGAAUUCAUUCACACCUUGAUAAAUGGCGAAGAUGCAGUAUUUGAUGCAAGUGAUCCAUGGCCUUUCUUCAUGCUAAAUAACUACCAGAUACCUGUUAUGUUGUGCAGAGCAUUCAUGUCUGGAAAACGAUGGACUAUUAUCAACUACUGUCUAGGAAAAGUAAGGUAUCUCCGGGAUUGA